AUGGUCCAAAUCGCCAAAGUCCUUGCUUUCACAGCCCUCCUGAUGGCGUCUUCUCUCGCCGCUCCUGUGUCCAUGCUUUCCGACAAAAGUCUCGCUGAGAUUACUUCCAGGCCCAGGCCUGAGCUGGCAGCUCGCGGACCCAACCGGCGUGAUUGGGGCAAGUUAGUCAACAACGCAGCGACUGCUAUUGAUCUAGCCUCUACGGUUGUGGACUUCAUUAAGCCGCCGAAGUCGGCACCCCCGCCCCCACCACCCCCAGCGCCCGCACCAGCUCCUCCUGCACCAGUGCCACCUAACCCACCCCCGCGCCCGCAUCCCAACCACCACCGUAGCUUCAUGGACGACAGCGACGAUAUUGCAAUGCGUGAUAUUGCAUACUCGGACUACGAUGUACGAGAAUUUGUAGCCGAAUUGGUGGAAAUUCUUGAACGCUCAGGGGACUACUAG